AUGUCGGGGGCCGACCCGCUGGAGACACUGCGGGUGGAAGCGAGCUGCUCGGUUUGCCUGGAAUACCUGCAAGAUCCCGUCAUCAUCGAAUGCGGCCACAAUUUUUGCCGCCGCUGCAUCACUCGCUGGUGGGCGGAGCUGGCGCGUGAUUUCCCUUGUCCCGUCUGUCGGAAAACCUCUCGUCAUCGAGCUCUUCGACCCAACCGGCAACUCGGUAACAUGGUAGAAGCCGCCCGGCAGCUUCGCGGUGCCAAACGGAAAGCCAGGGAGGAGAGUCGCUGCCAAGCUCACGGCCAAGCUUUAGCCCGAUUCUGUCGUGACGAUCAAGCCCCCGUUUGCCUGCUCUGCGAGAUCUCCCACGCCCAUCGCGCCCACGCCCUCGUCCCCCUCGACGACGCAGCCCUCGAGUAUAAGGAGAAGCUGCAUCGGGAGCCGCUGGAGCGGAAGCUGGAGGCAGUUGCCGGCUGCCGAGCGCGGGAGGAGAAGAAACCGAGCGAGCUGAAGAGGAAGGUGGCUCUGCGGCGGGAACGCAUCGCCCGGGAGCGGCGCCUGCAGGCGACCCGGGCGCGGCUCGGGGAGCAGCGCCGGGUCCUGGCCGCCCUCGUGGCUGAGCUGGAGGAGAAGUGUCUGCAGUCGAGCGCCGAGAUGCUCAAGGACAUCAAGGACACCCUGGCCAGGUGUGAAGCAGCGGCAGCACCGGUGGAAGAACCGGCUUCCGUCCCCAUCGAGCUGGAAAAAAACUUCUGCAGUUUUCCCCGGCAAUACUUCACCCUCCGGAAAAUCACCCGGCGUCUCAUCGGCGAGGUGACGCUGGAUCCCGACACGGCGCAUCCCAACCUGGUUUUAUCGGAAGAUCGAAAAAGCGUUCGUUUCGUGGAAGUUCGACCCCGGGAUUUACCCGAUACCCCGCGACGUUUCACCAUCUACCCCUGCGUUUUGGCGGCGCAGGGUUUUACCUCCGGUCGUCAUUACUGGGAGGUGGAAGUCGGCGAUAAAACCCACUGGGCUCUCGGUGUUUGUAAGGAUUCGGUGAGUCGGAAAGGGGAAUUAACGCCGUUACCGGAGACGGGAUAUUGGCGGGUACGGCUCUGGAACGGCGAUAAGUACGCGGCCACCACCACCCCCUUCACGCCGCUGACGGUGCGGGUGAAACCCAAACGGGUGGGGGUCUUCGUGGACUACGAAGCCGGUAAAGUGGCUUUUUAUAACGUUACCGAUCGCUCCCACAUUUACACCUUCACCGAUACUUUCACCGAAAAAAUUUGGCCGCUCUUUUAUCCCGGGAUCCGUGCCGGCAGGAAAAACGCGGCGCCUCUCGUUAUCCGUUCGCCUACGGAUUGGGAGUGA